UUGCACGCUUCUCCGCUUCAAGGCGAAGGCCGCGCCUAGGACAACAUCAACCGCUGCACUUCUGAGUUGAACAGCAAGCAUGCAGAUUUUCGUGAAGACCCUCACGGGCAAGACCAUCACCCUUGAGGUGGAGUCGUCGGACACUAUCGAGAAUGUGAAGGCCAAGAUCCAGGACAAGGAGGGCAUCCCCCCUGACCAGCAGCGCCUGAUCUUCGCCGGCAAGCAGCUGGAGGACGGCCGCACCCUGGCCGACUACAACAUCCAGAAGGAAAGCACGCUGCACCUGGUGCUGCGUCUGCGCGGUGGCAUGCAGAUCUUUGUCAAGACCCUGACCGGCAAGACCAUCACGCUCGAGGUCGAGUCCUCGGACACGAUUGAGAACGUGAAGGCCAAGAUCCAGGACAAGGAGGGUAGGUCGGGGUGAUAGUUUGGA